CAAGUGCUACUGAACCAAAACAAACGAUUUCAAGGUCGCGCAGCAGCCAGCUGAUUCAGUGCUGGCCAUUGUGCAUCGCCAGCUGCGAGAAGGCAGCGUCUGCUCCAGAAAAAUGACAUCUCCGAAACAAGUGCUGAAGAGCGUGGGCCCGAAGCUGGUGCCGUUCUUCAAGACGGUGGCCAUCUACUUCGUGCUGUUCAUCCCGGUGGAGCGGCCGUCGUGGGCGGCCACGCUCGUCAAGUGCCUGCCCAUCGUCUGCCUCAUCGGCUUCGUCCUGCUGCACGGCAUCAGCCUCGGCGAUGAGUACACGUUCUCCCGGCGCAUCCUGACGGGGCUGGCGUUUUCCUGCCUGGGGGACGCGUUGCUGGUGUGGCCUCACUACUUCCUGCACGGCAUGGCAGCCUUCGGCGUGGCGCAGCUCAUGUACACUGCCGCGUUCGGCUUCAAGCCGCUCAACGUCCAGCUGGGCGCUGCUCUUUACGCCCUGUGCGCAACUGCUGUAGUAAUUUUGAUGCCUGGUCUGAGUGGUGUCUUGAUGAUUGGAGUUCCCAUCUACAGCAUUCUGUUGGUUACAAUGGCAUGGAGAGCUAUUGCUAGAGUACAGUUCUUUGAGGAGCUUUGGACUUGGACAAAAUUAUGCUCAUGUGCUGGGGGCAUUGUAUUUGCUAUUUCUGAUGCACUGAUUGGAUUCCAUCACUUUCACCAUCCAAUUCCACAUUCUCAGGCCUUGAUAAUGAUUACGUAUUAUGCAGCUCAGCUGGGAAUAGCUCUCAGCGUUGUAGAUUCGAAGGACAGUUAUGAUAAAACUAAGACUAUUACUUCAAGUGAACCAGCAAAUACAAAAAUCAGGAUAGCAAUUCCACAGAGCUCAUCAUCUCACUGAUAGUAGGUAGUGGACUAACUGGUGGAGCAAUGUGAAACUCUGCAGAUGCUGAGCUUCAACAGCAGAUUACAAUAUCCAUGGUUAAUUACUUGAAGAGAUCUGUCAGAAGAUUCCUUUUUAAAUGUGGUGUUUACACAUUUUGAAAGGAAAAACUGAAGAAAUUUCAUUGUAACCAGUUUAUUUAUUUACUCUUAGAGAGUGUUUAAUGUCUUUCUUUAGUAAAUGGUGUUGUUCAUUAUACACACUUUUUAAGUAAUUUUAUAAUUGUAUAAGGCAUUUGAAUCCUGUAAAAUGUAAUUCAUGUUUUUACGGUAUGGUAGAGUAGUAUUAGGAAAAUUCAUGAGAAAAUUCAUAAAAAGUGGCAUCAAAGGUGCAGUUGCCUUAAAUAAACAACAUAUUGCACAAUGAAUAAUUGUUGUGCAAAAAGUAAAAAAUGAAGACUGUGGUACAAUUUAAAUUUGUCUUAUUUAAAAAAUGAGAGGUACUAGAUAAUUAAUGGAACUGAACUGAAAAAAAAUGUGGAAAUUACAAAUAAGUCAUGUUCAGGUGUCCAUAUCUUUAGAACAUGAUAUUUUAUUAUGAAGUACUGUGCCCGCAAGUAAUAAUACCCAAACUAGCUUUGUUACUGCACUUUCUCUUUGUUUUUCAUACUGCGUCCACAAUUGUACUUAAGUUUUUUGAAUUUGGAAGCACAUUUUUGUGCAUUGUAUCAUGCUCUCGUGGAAAACUGGCACAAUCCAACAGAUCAAAGAGUAUGAACUAAUUUCUAAAUUGGUUUUGUACUCCAUAAUGCAAUACAGGUUUAUAUAUGUGGUGUCUGUCCUCUCUGUCAUGUCCAAAAGAGGAGGCACCAGUUUGAUCCUGCUGCCACUAUGAAUCAAGAGACAAAGAAAUUAGAUAUGAUUUAUAUCAAUGAGGCAAACUGUAAAUUUGUGCCACACUGGGAUUCAAACCUAUUUCUUCUGAUUUCUAAGAAGAUGCGCUGACCACUAUGCCAUCUAGACACAGUGGUUAUCACAGCUGCAUGUACUACUGUAGCAUGCAUUCUGUGAGACCCAAAUUCUCAAGGAUCAAUAGUGUGUGGUAUAAGUUGAGAAUUCGGGUGUGAUGGGAGGCAUGAUAGGAUAUUCCAUGCAGUUACAGUAGCCACUGUGUCCGGAUGACAUAGUGGUCAUCACAUCUGCUUAGUAAGCAGGAGACCCGAAUUUGAAUCUCCGUGUGGCACAAAUGUUCAACUUGCCCCACUGAUGUAAUUUCAUGCCACUGGGAGCUAAUGUCUUUAAUUCUUUUGUGUCUCAAUACAGGUUUAUUAGAAAACUGUCUUCUUUUAUCAGGCUGUGCUAAAGAUAACCAGUAUGGUAAUGAAUCCUUCCAGUGAAAAUUCACACAGUUUUAAAAUCUUUUGUGCAUUUUUUCUGUUUUUAUUUUAUCUCAUUGGUGUGAUUGUAAAUAGUAAAAAAUGGUUACUCACACUUGUAGUAUGACAAGCAGUAGGAAAAGUUAAUGAAUGCGAACAGAUGUGCAAGUCACUGUAUUAAAAAAUAAUCGAUUUAAUUUGAAGAAAAUAAUCAUAGAGUUAGAAGUGACAAUUUCUUGAAUAUCAUAAAACUAAUUUGACAAUGAGAUGCAUAGUUUAUUAUCCCAGUUUUGAGAUUAUCUGCUUUAAAUUACUUGACAGACAUUUUUUGUAAGCAAAAUGAAGUUUUUGUGUUUUUAAUUUUUG